AUGGGACAAAAGCUCCACGCUCUUAUGUUCCCAUGGUUCGCUUUUGGUCACUUUACUCCAUACUUGCAUCUAGCCAACAAGUUAGCUGAGAAAGGUCACAGGGUUACUUUCUUGCUGCCUGCGAAAGCUAAAAAACAAUUAGAACCUCUUAACCUGUUCCCAGACAGCAUCGUCUUACAUCCUAUUACCAUUCCUCAUGUUGAUGGUCUUCCUGCUGGCGCAGAGACCCCCUCGGACAUCCCCAUCACGUUGUGGAAGUUCUUGAUCGUAGCCAUAGAUCGUACACGCGAUCAAGUCGAAGUCGCGGUUCGUGCUUCGAGACCGGACCUGAUCUUGUUCGAUUAUGCUUACUGGGUUCCAGAAGUGGCUAAAGAGAAUGGAGUAAAGAGUAUGAUGUACAACGUGAUAUCAGCAACAUGUAUAGCUCAUGACCUUGUCCCUGGUGGUGGAUUCGGAGUUCCUCCACCUGGUUAUCCUUCAUCUAAGUUGUUGUUCCGCGCACAUGAUGCUCACGCCAUGUCGUCAUUCUCUGUUUACUACAAGAGGUUUUACGAUCGGUUUACCACAAGUCUCACGAAUUGUGAUUUCAUUUCGGUUAGGACGUGUGAAGAAAUUGAAGGUAAGUUUUGCGACUAUAUAGGGAGUCAGUACAAGAAG